AAACACAAACUAGAAAUCAAACACUAUGUGCUAGAGUGUAUGAGGUAAGUGUUCCAUUCCUUCUUAUAUAGCAACCAUUACAUGUUCACUUCACUUACUUGGAAAACAUUGAUUCAACCAUGGCUGAUUACCAAACAUACAUCCUACUUUUCCUAACAUGGCUAGUGUCCUUAAUUGUAGUCCGAACCAUCUUCACCAGAAAACAGAACAAGCUUCAUCUCCCACCAAGCCCCUUCGCCUUACCGAUCAUCGGACACCUCCACCUCCUUGCUCCAAUCCCCCACCAAGCCCUCCACAAGCUCUCAACCCGCCACGGGCCCAUAAUGCACCUCUUCCUCGGCUCCGUCCCUUGUGUCGUUGCCUCCACCGCAGAAUCUGCCAGAGAGUUUCUUAAGACCCAAGAAACCCACUUCUCCAACCGCCCGCAAAGCUCGGCCGUCCAUUACCUCACAUAUGGCUCCCAGGACUUCUCCUUUGCCCCGUAUGGACCUUACUGGAAAUUCAUGAAGAAAAUCUGCAUGUCCGAGCUUCUUGGCGGUCACACACUCACAGAACUUCUUCCUGUGAGGAGGCAAGAGACUACAAGGCUUAUGAGAGUUUUUCUCAAGAAAGGGAAAUCAGGUGAGGAUGUUGAUGUUGGUGGAGAGCUACUGAGGCUGUCGAAUAGCGUCGUGUCGAGGAUGAUCAUGAGCCAGAGUUGUGAAGAUGAUGGUGAAGCGGAAAAGGUGAGGAAGAUGGUGCAGGACACCGUGUUUCUCACCGGGAAGUUUAAUGUUUCGGAUUUUAUUUGGUUCUUGAAGAACUGGGACUUGCAGGGGUUUGGGAAAGGGCUUAAGGAGAUUCGGGACAGGUUUGAUGCCAUGAUGGAGAGGGUGAUCAAGGAGCAUCAAGAGGAGAGGAGGAAAAGAAAGGAACUUGGUGGAGGAGAUGGCAGAAUCAAGGACCUGCUUGAUAUAUUGUUGGACAUUCAUGAAGAUGAGAGCUCUGAGAUUAAAUUGACAAUGGAGAACAUAAAGGCCUUCAUCUUGGACAUAUAUAUGGCAGGAACUGAUACUUCAGCCUUAACAACAGAAUGGGCUCUGGCAGAGUUAAUUAACCACCCACAUAUGAUGGAGAGAGCAAGGCAAGAGAUUAACUCAGUAGUUGGAAAUAGUAGAAUAGUAGAAGAAUCAGACAUUGUGCACCUUCCUUACCUGCAAGCUAUAGUGAAAGAAACACUGAGGAUUCACCCAACAGGGCCACUAAUUGUGAGAGAAUCAUCUGAAAGUUGCACCAUAUGGGGCUAUGAGAUUCCAGCAAAGACCCAGUUGUUUGUUAACAUAUGGGCUAUUGGCAGGGACCCCAAUCACUGGGAGAACCCACUUGAGUUCAGGCCAGAGAGGUUUAUCAGUGAAGAGGGAAGUGGGAAGAGUUUAGAUUUGAGGGGCCAACAUUUUCACCUGAUUCCAUUUGGGAGUGGAAGAAGAGGGUGUCCUGGAACCUCAUUGGCUUUGCAGGUUGUGCAGACAAACCUUGCUGCUAUGAUUCAGUGUUUUGAAUGGAAGGUUAGUGGGGGCAAAGAGAGGGUUGACAUGGAAGAGAAACUUGGGUUGACCCUUUCAAGGGCUCAUCCCUUGAUGUGUAUCCCUGUGCCUAGGCUUGAUCCUUUUCCUGCCAUGUGAUUGUGAUCAUUGAUCAAGGUUGGUGGAGAAUAUACCAGCUUUAAAUUGAAAAUUUACAUUUUUCCUGUUCU